AUGUCUUUACAAGAACAACCAAUGCAGCAACAACAACAGCAACAACCGGUUCAGGUUUAUCCAACCGCUUAUACAUACCAAUCACCACCUGAACCUGACCACCAUUCAUCAAAUGGAUCAUUUGGGUCAGUAUUUGUUGUCUUAGCCAUCAUAAUAAUAAUCUCUGCUGUUGCUUGUUGUCUUGGAAGGUUUUGCAGCCGCCGCGGCAGCGGCAAUAGCAAAAGCCACGGCCAGAAACAUGAUAAACCACAGAAACAGCAGCAGCAGAAGCAGAACCAACACUCACGUCCAAAAGAAGUUGAUAUUGAAUUUGGAUUUGACAAGAAAAUUGCAGCUUCUAAGCCUGUGAAUAAUGGACAUGGAGGAGGGGUUAGAGUUCAGAAGCCAGUUUCUCAUGGUCAUCAUGAUAUGAAGAGUUUUGAAAUAAAGCUUGGUCCUCCUCCUCCUCAAGGAAAGUUUAGGCAAGGUGCAUAA